AUGAGUGCUGUGAUAGUUCUAAUCCUGAUUUUCUUUCUCACAUGUUGCAUCGUACCCAUCCUUCGGAGACAAUGUGGGAGGCUGACAGAGAAGCAAAUGGGACUCAUUGCAAGCUUAGCUCUGGCCCACGAGAUGCAUAGAAUGCCACCAAAACAGCUGGCACAGUGUGUGAUGUAUGAAGGAGGGACUGAGGGACCUGAACGGUUCCUGGACUUUGAAGGAGACGAAGAUGAACAAUGGACUUUGAGCAACACAAAAAACAUAUCCAGUGAGUGA